UCCUGUCCAAAAACCACAAACUGACAACACAGCAAACUACUUCACUCCCUUGCAUCCUCCGCUCAAAUCUCAAACACCAUAGUUUUUAUCCAACAACACUCCCUAUACGCCUCGUAACACCUCCUAUCUCUCUCUAACAACUAAGAACCAAUACCCAGUCGGCUGAUCAGAUCAAAAAAGAAAAGCAACCAAAUUUUGCUUAGAAGUUUUGAUUUUGAGGUGCAUGGCUGCUCUCCACUCUACUGCUUUUUGUUUCGGUGGUGUGGCUUUGUCUUCUCGUCAAGAACUUUGUUUCAGACGUGGGAAUGUUAAAGCCUCAACUUUUUCCUGCCCCCCUUUGGUUUCCAUUCCUCGAUUGAGCUUCCAAAGUAAAGCAUUCGGAGGUGAUGGGUCACCAGAAACGAAAGACUCCUCUCUUGUGGUUUGUUUUGGGGAAAUGCUAAUUGACUUUGUCCCAACCAUUAGUGGACUUUCAUUGUCUGAUGCACCGGCAUUUAAGAAGGCUCCAGGAGGUGCGCCUGCUAAUGUUGCUGUUGGUAUUGCUCGACUUGGUGGCUCGUCGGCAUUUAUAGGGAAGGUUGGUGAAGAUGAGUUUGGAUACAUGCUCGCGGAAAUAUUAAAGGAGAAUAAUGUGAACAAUGAAGGGAUGCGUUUCGAUCCUGGUGCAAGGACUGCUUUAGCUUUUGUUACAUUAAGAAGUGACGGGGAACGUGAAUUCAUGUUUUACCGUAAUCCUAGUGCAGAUAUGUUACUUAAAGAAGCUGAACUUGAUUUAGAUUUGAUUAGAAAGGCAAAAAUAUUUCAUUAUGGCUCCAUAAGUCUUAUAACAGAGCCAUGCAAAUCAGCCCACAUUGCAGCAGCAAAAGUUGCUAAGGAUGCAGGUGUUUUUUUGUCCUACGAUCCUAACCUGAGGCUUCCACUAUGGCCUUCUGCUGAGAGUGCCAGAGAAGGGAUUCUGAGCAUUUGGGACACUGCUGAUAUUAUCAAGAUAAGUGAAGAAGAGAUAUCUUUCUUGACUAAAGGAGAAGAUCCAUAUGAUGAUGCUGUUGUUCAGAAGCUAUUCCAUCCAAAUCUUAAAUUGCUUCUUGUCACCGAGGGACCGGAGGGCUGCAGGUAUUACACCAAAGAGUUCAGUGGGAGAGUGAAGGGUUUAAAGGUGGAUGCUGUGGACACCACUGGUGCUGGGGAUGCUUUUGUUGCUGGAAUAUUGUCACAACUAGCUAUGGAUCUCUCCUUGCUCCAGAAUGAGGACCGAUUGAGAGAAGCUCUCAAGUUUGCGAAUGCCUGUGGUGCAUUGACUGUGAAGGAGAGAGGUGCCAUUCCAGCUUUGCCAACCAGAGAAGCUGUGAACAGUGCCAUCAUUCAGCUUGUUAGAUAGAGUUUUUGUGAUCUCUGUGAUUAGGUAACAAGUUCCAUGCCAAUUCUUUAGAUCGUUCGACAAUUCUUGCAAUGAUGGAUGGUGCUAGAGUAGGAUCUAUUUACUCCAAUAACUUGCAACAUAGCUACCCAGCUCAGUGUUGUAACAUGCAAGUUUUACCACAAUCUGUUGAGUGAAAUCAUUUCAGUCCUGGGGAUCACAUCAACCCCCCUGUAUCGCACCAUAUUGUAAACAUUCAGCUGUGAGGUACAUCGCCAAUAAAUAAAAUUUAUGAUUUUGUGA